AUUCACAGAUCAAAAUCUCAUUUUUCUGGUUUAAUUCAUGCAUCAUUACUAGCUUUUACUUCAUAAUUUACUGGAUUUGUCUGAGUGGAUCUGCCAAUAUUUGUAGUAUACUCUCUGCCAAAUCUUUUUGGAGCGUAAGAAAUGACACAUGCUUGCUGUUUCUCCGUUUGUAAAGCUUUAAAAUUUGCAACAGCAGCAGGACGACUAUCAACAAGUUUUCACUACGGGUUGAAAUUUCCAUUCAAGUGCUCAUCAAGACAGAUUCACAUGGAACAUAAACGAAGCAGUGAUUCAAGGGGUGCUUUAAUUGUUCUAGAAGGGCUUGAUCGAUGUGGGAAAACUUCUCAAUCAAGCAGACUACUUUCCUACUUGGAAGAGUUAGGACGUGCAGUUGAAUCUUGGAGAUUUCCUGAUAGAACUACAAAUGUUGGGCAAAUGAUUUCUUCCUAUCUUGGCAAUAAAUCACAUCUGGAUGAUCACACAAUCCAUCUUCUUUUCAAUGCGAAUCGUUGGGAGAAGAGAUCGCUGAUGGAGUCGAAGCUGAAGAGUGGAACCACUCUUAUUAUUGAUCGUUACUCUUAUUCUGGGGUUGCUUUCUCAUCUGCCAAAGGACUCGAUAUGGAGUGGUGUAAGGCUCCAGAAAUAGGCCUAUUAGCUCCUGAUCUGGUAUUAUAUCUUGACAUAUCACCAGAAAAAGCUGCUGAACGUGGAGGUUAUGGAGAAGAAAGAUAUGAGCAGCUUGAAUUUCAGAAAAAGGUUGCCCGAUCAUUUAAGGCUCUUCGUGAUGCCUCAUGGAAGAAUAUAAACGCCUCACUUCCGAUUGAGGAUGUUGAAAAACAGUUGAGAGAAACUGUACUGAACUGCGUGGAGACGUGUGGACAAGGAAAACCUCUUUUAGAGCUCUGGUUAUCUUAAGUUUUUUACUCUGGCUGAGUGCAUGUUUUAGACAGGCUUUCCUGUGAUUAUGAAAGUGAGGUAUGUAUCUUUAAUUCAGGUUAAUAUUUAUGUUUUCUAGUUCAGAAGGUUGGCUGUCAAGAUGACUAUGAUCGUAAACCACAUACAAUGCCUUAGCCCCAUGUGUCCAAAUUGAAUUAAUUUAUAUGUACAAUAUUUUUGUGCAACGUUGUUGACAAUGUUGGUUGUGUUAAAAAAGUGCUGGUUGAAAAGAUGAAUUGUUUUUUAAUCUGUCCAAUGGCAACAUAGCAUGUUGUCAAAAUCAUUGUACACCAAGCAUCGUGGGGCCAAAUUAAACCACUUGUAUUGCUAGUGCUGAUUAUCGAUUUCAGGAUAAAAGGAUUCGAUUAUAUGUAGGUUAAAAGUUAAUUUGAAGUAAAUGUUUUUGCCAUUUU